AAUUUUAAAGGGUGCCUCAGGAUUGUCCAUAAUUUUAAAGGGUGCCUCAGGACUGUCCAUAAUUUUAAAGAGUGCCUCAGGACUGUCCAUAAUUUUAAAGGGUGCCUCAGGACUGUCCAUAAUUUUAAAGGGUGUCUCGGGACUGUCCAUAAUUUUAAAGGAUGCCUCAAGACUGUCCAUAGUUUUAAAGGGUGCCUCAAGACUACUGUCCAUAAUUUUAAAGGGUUCCUCAAGACUGUCCAUAAUUUUAAAGGGUGCCUCAGGACUGUCCAUAAUUUUAAAGGAUGUCUCGGGACUGUCCAU